AUGGUGGUUUUUAUUGAUGACAUCCUGGUGUACUUGAAGAUUGAAUAUGAUCAUGAUUCACAUCUCCAAGUUGUUCUGCAGAUUCUGAAGGAGAAACAACUAUACACCAAGUUCACUGUUCUGGAUUGGAAACCGCCUAAGAAUUGGACCGAUGCACAACAAGAGAGUUUUGAGAAUCUUAAGAAAGUUCUGACUAAGGCCCUUGUCUUAAUACAGCCAGAGUCUGGGAAAGAGUUCACUGUUUAUAGCAAUGCAUCACAUGUUGGGUUGGGAUGUCUGUUGAUGCAAGAGGGUAAGGUGGUGGCAUAUGCGCCUGGCCAGCUUAAGACUCAUGAGGCGAAUUAUCCAAUGCACGACUUGGAGUUGGCCGCGGUGAUUAAGGGUAAACAGUUGGAAGACGAGUCGCUAGGUCUUCAUUUUUGGCAAGUUGAGAGUGGGGAUACUGUGGAUUUUGGAUUGAAUAGAGAAGGGGUGCUCUGUUUCCGUGUCUGUGGGAGAGUCUGCUUAUCGAAGGAUACUGAUUUGAGGCAGUCUAUACUACGAGAGGCUCAUAGCAACCCUUAUCUAUGCAUCCUAGUAGAACUAGAGUUACCUCUGGACUUGGACCAGAUUCAAGAUGUAUUCCAUGUCUUUAUGUUGAGGCGCUACAGCUCUGAUCCCACACAUGUUAUUUCAGUUGAGGAGAUUGCGGUUAGACCAGAUCUGACUUUCGAGAAAGAGUCGGUCCAGAUUUUAGAUCGUGAUGUAAAAGUCUUAAGAAAUAAGUUUAUCCCACUGGUUAAGGAUCUUUAG